AUGUCUGCGAUCAUUGAUGAGUUGAUCGACCCUCUCCCAGCAGCAGCCACAAUUCCGCCAUUUGACAUUGACAACCCCCAGGCAGAGGAGGGGUAUGGAUCUGUCACGCAGGAUGUCAUCGCCAGAUCAUUGCUGGGAUCGAAGACUUCCUCGAGUGAGCCAGAGCGGGAGCGCUACUACCGCAAAGCAGCUCGAUCCCUACCACUGAGCAUGCUGCAAUCGCUCUACAAUGGGGGUGAAGGUGCAAAGGCCUUUAGCCUUCUGAAGAGAAAGCUGGCAUUGAGUGUUGAUGUCGACAUGUAUGAGCCAGGUGGCUCACCGCGCUUCACCCACAUGAUGGCAGGCCAUCACAUUGACUUUUCUCUUAAAGUUCCUGAUCGUGUUGGGUUUGACACAAUUCUCCCAACAACUCGUGCACAUACUUCCUGGUGCUUCAACCUGAACCUCUGUGGUUCAGUACGCGAAUUCCUAAAUCACCGCGGUGAUCUUGGGUUUGACCCCACAGCGCGAAUGCUCCACAUUGGCACACAAGACCAUGACAAUGUGUACCUGGCCAUGGCACCUAAAGCUUCCUGGAUGGCACCGAUGACCCAGUUGCACCAGGCACACAUUCUGGGUCUACCCUCAUGA